AUGGAUUUCCAUUGUAUGCAAUCGAUGGAUCAAGUUGUUGCAUUAAAAUCUGAUUUUAUAUCGUACAAUUGCAACAGUGGUAAUGAUUUAGUGAGUGGAAUUCUUACCCCAACAACUCCAUCAACAAAAGUUGUAACCGCAGAUAAUCCUUUCUACAUACCGCCACCUUUUCAACCAUUUUCAUAUUCCCAAUCGCCCAACGGAUAUUGUCAGGUCUCGCCAAUCGAAUUCUCACCAUCCAACAAACCGUCAGCAUUCGAGAAUAAUUACAGUGCGGUGAAUGACGAUGGAAACAAUUACAACAAUUACGUUUAUUCAAAUGUAUCUGAUACACCAAACUCGCUUUUCGAGCUAGGAAAAGAUGCAAAUCAGUUUAAUUACGAUGGUAAUUAUUUUAAAUUCGAUCCUGAUACUGUGGAAAAAUUCAAGCCUCAAACACACAUCCUCGAUCUCGAUACUGAUUACAUUAAUUAUAAUGAAGAGAAUUGCAAUUCGAAAAAUCAAUCACCAUGUUCAUCACCAUCGAUGGAUCCAUGGAUCUCAUCGCAAGAAGAGAAAACACAGAAUGUCGAAAGCAAUCAGCAGUUCAUACAACUGCAAACACUUCCAUCAAUUAAUCAGGCAUUUUCCACUCAUUUUUCCGCUAUUGAAUGCACCAUUCCAUCAACAGAGAAUGUUAACAGCUCAACAAAUAUUUCAUUUGAACAAAAUAUCCUCGAUUCCUUUGAUGAAACAUUUUUCGAGGAGUUUUCAAUUAACGAGAAGAAUGAUUCGAACACGAGAACAAAUGUUGUUGAAAUCUUUGAUGCUUACAUUAGUCUUGAAAACUAUAAUUCCGUCGAGUUGAAUGAGAAACCAAAUCGUGAAUUUAAAGCGAUUUGGAACGACGAGAAAGUUUUGAAUGCCUCAGUAAACGAUGUUGAAAAGAUUCAAAAUGUUAUUGAAAUGCCAAUUAAAUCUCAAGCAUCACAAAAGACAGUAAACGAGGAAGACGGCAAUGAAAGUCAACUUAUUUGCUUCUGGAAAGGUUGUAAUCAAGAAUUCGAUUCACAAGCAUCGCUUGUACUUCAUAUUGAGAAAAUUCACGUUUGUUCAACAAAAGGCGAUCAAUACACUUGCUUUUGGACGGAAUGUCCACGCCAAUAUCGUCCUUUUAAUGCCCGCUAUAAGCUUCUGAUUCACAUGAGAGUACACAGUGGAGAAAAGCCGAAUAAAUGUCCAUUCAGUGGAUGCACAAAAGCAUUUUCUCGUUUGGAAAAUUUGAAAAUUCAUCAACGUUCUCACACCGGGGAGCGUCCAUAUGUGUGUCAGUUUGUGAGCUGUACGAAAGCAUUUUCGAAUAGCUCGGAUCGUGCUAAACAUCAGCGUACACACUAUGAGUCUCGUCCCUACGCCUGUCAAUUACCCGGUUGCGAAAAGCGAUACACCGAUCCAUCAUCUCUUCGUAAACAUGUUAAAAAUCAUGAUGUUAAAGAUCGACGGAAGUCUCAUAAAGAAUCGUCUGGCAAUAAAACCCAAAUUGGAGUGAAAAAGAAUCGUCGGAGAUUUUCCGAAUCAUCAGUUGUUAGUGUGACAUCAUGCGAGCCAGUAACGCCAUCGACACCACUCACGCCUAUCACAAACAGUUCAAAGUUUGAUUUUGACGAUGUCUUUGAUGACCCUCAGCCCCAAAGCUAUUGUGAAAAGGAUUCUUCGAACGUCAUGGACUUUGAUGAAAUGUCCUUGAUUAAGUUAAUGGACCAUUCAAGCAUAAAAGGCGAUAAUGUUGUGAAUUGCCUGGAAAAUAUCGGAAAUGGCUUUAAGCUGGCCGAUAAUAAUUAUGACAACCUU